GGGGAGGGAGGAGGAGGAGGAGCCAGUUGCAGCCCAGCGCUGCAGCCCGGCUCUCCGGACGGCCGGUGGGUCGGGGUGCGUGUGCGAGUCCAUGCCCGGGCCGGGCUGGGUGCCUCCGUCCCUCCGUCCCCGGGCUGGCUCGGAUGAACCCCGGGCCCCGGCGGCCGGGGCAGGCGGAGGGGCAGGAGGGGCAGGAGGAGGGGCAGCCCCCCGCCCCCGACAUGGCAGACCUCGCCGGAGACCUCGCCGGGGCCUCCGAGCUCCUCCAAGAUCGCUUAUAUUUUGCUACGCUGAGGAACAAGCCAAAAAGCACCGUAAACACCCAUUACUUCUGCAUCGAUGAGGAGCUGGUGUAUGAAAAUUUUUAUGCAGAUUUUGGACCUCUGAACUUGGCAAUGGUAUACAGAUAUUGCUGUAAGCUAAAUAAGAAGCUAAAAUCAUUCAGUUUAUCGAGAAAGAAAAUCGUGCAUUACACCAGUUUUGAUCAACGGAAACGAGCAAAUGCAGCAUUUUUAAUAGGUGCCUAUGCCGUGAUCUACCUAAAGAAGACACCCGAAGAUGCCUACAGAGCUCUUUUAUCUGGCUCAAAUCCCCCCUAUCUUCCAUUCAGGGAUGCUUCCUUCGGAAACUGCACAUACAAUCUCACGGUCUUGGACUGUCUGCAGGGCAUCCAAAAGGGAUUGCAGCAUGGAUUUUUUGACUUUGAGACAUUUGAUGUGGAGGAGUAUGAGCACUAUGAGCGGGUUGAAAAUGGAGACUUCAACUGGAUUAUACCAGGAAAAUUUUUAGCAUUUAGUGGACCACAUCCUAAAAGCAAAAUCGAAAAUGGUUACCCUCUUCAUGCCCCGGAAGCCUAUUUCCCUUAUUUCAGGAAGCAUAAUGUGACCUCCAUCAUCAGGCUGAACAAAAGGAUUUAUGAAGCCAAGCGUUUCACAGAUGCCGGUUUUGAGCACCAUGACUUGUUCUUCGUAGAUGGCAGCACACCGAGUGAUAAUAUAGUGAGGAGAUUCUUGAAUAUAUGUGAGAAUACUGAAGGAGCAAUUGCUGUCCACUGCAAAGCUGGACUUGGAAGAACUGGGACGCUAAUAGCUUGCUAUGCAAUGAAGCACUACAGGUUCACGCAUGCUGAAAUUAUUGCUUGGAUCAGAAUAUGUCGUCCUGGGUCUAUUAUAGGACCCCAACAACACUUCCUGGAAGAAAAGCAAACUUUACUGUGGGUCCAAGGAGAUAUUCUUCGGACUAAACAGAAGCAAAGACCAGAACAUGAAGGAGGCAUAAACAAGAUCCUGUCUAGCUUUGAUGAUAUGUCUAUUUGUGGAAGCUUUACUAAAUUGCAAAAUUUGGAUAGAUAUGGAGAAGAGAAUGAUUUUGAGGAGGAAAGGGAUUUAGAACCAAAGAAUGGGGUGACACAGGGAGACAAACUCCGCGCCCUAAAAAGUCGUAGACAACCCCGCUCUAUUACAACUGGUAUGCUCAGGCUGGAGGAUAUGAAAAUGCACACCAUAACAAUAUCACAGCCUUUCAGAUCAAGCACUUCCAGUUCGUCACCAGGGACUGUGUCUACUUUGAAGUCCUCCAAAGUGGUAGUGGCCCCCUCAGCCUCUGCCAAGAGAAUAAGCAGAUGUCCUGCCACCUCCAAUGCUAAUACAAAGAGCUUUUCCAUACACUCCCGACUAGCCAGUUCUCUAGGGAACCUGCAUGCUGCUUCCGAUGACUCAGAGAGCAAAAAGACCUCAGCACCCUGUAGGACAGUUUACCCAGUAAAUCAUAUCUCCAGUCAUUUGACUGGCAGCUCGCAGCCGACUGCCAGAAAUUACCAUGAACUGAACAACAACCAGUACAACCGAAGCGGCAAUAGCGGCGCCAACCUCAACAGCCUUGUCGGCCCUCACAACAGAACCAAGACAGAUGAGCACAACACCUCCCAAACCUCCUAUCCCGGGCUUUCUACUUCUUCGGCAAGAUACCUGAGCCGCUCGAUCCCCUCCCUUCAGUCUGAAUAUGUUCAGUACUAAAGUCUUACUACUUCGAUGAAAGCUGGUCAUCCCUUAGAAACACACUUCUCGUGGAGGAGCAAUGUAGAGGGAAAAAAACUGCUUAUUGGGAGGAGGAGAUCCUUCGGGGAGACAUCAAUGAGAGACUUGUUAUCAGAAGACUCUGGUUAAUGACUACUGCAAAUGCACUGAAAGUUUUGUUUGUAGGGGUGCAACACUUCUGUUUGAAAAAAAAAACACCUACAGAAACAAACACCAAAACACAGCACAGGAUUUUACACUUUUGAAGAGUUAUUUCUAAUGUUUCAGUAAUACAGUUAUGAUUACAUUUUAUGUAUACAGUGUUAUGUAUUGUCAAGAUAAAGACUAUUUUGCUAAAUUUAUAAGUACAUAUAAUUCUGUAAGACUAGAAUAUAUUUUGAUUUAGACUCCUUUGCCGUUUGCUACCAAAAAUCUAUAUUUUAGAUUUGUGAAGGGUGGUUUUAUCUGCGAUGUACAAAAAUGUCUUUAUAUAUAUAAGAAAGAGGGGAGGGAGGGUGGGUGGAGAAUAGUGAUUUUUUGGGUCCAUUCAUUAUCCCAGCGUCGGGACCAUUUAGGCUCAUUUUAGAAAACACUCUGACUUAAAGUAAUUUUUUAAGGAGUUUUUAAAAUGACUACUUGUAGAUUAGGAUGAACAUUUCUCCUCGGAGUAUGGCAUAUAAACUCUUUUGAACUACAUUUGUAUCAUGCGUUCUAGAAAGAGAGACACAGCUUUGCUGGAUCGGUAUAUUUCUCUUUCAGUGAUAAUUUGCCUGUGUUCUUCAGUCACACAUGCUAUUACAGAAAUUUUAAGUCAUAAGAAGUGAAAAAUUUUACAUAUAUUUUUCAGAGAGAUCAAGACACUGAUACAAAUUUUGACCAAAAUUAACUCUCUAAGCAAAAAUGAAUCAAUGCCUUAUAGACAUGUAUUACUUCUCAGUUCUUUCAUGGCUGCUCUUAAUUAUUGAUUUAAAUAUUAAUAGGAGCGAGUGAUUUUUUUAUUGUGUUGAAGUCCUUUGCUCUACUCUGAACUACUACAAAAUUAACAGUCCUCAAAAACACUUGAAGUGUUUGCAUUUCUGUACUGUAGCAGAAGUGCUCCUCUUAAACUUGGUAGAACUGAGGAUUUUGACAUAAUUGUAGGGCAAUAUGUUACAUUUGGUAGAACUGAGAAUUUUGACUUAAUUAUAGAGAAACAUGCAUUAAAAGUAACACCCGACUUGUUUUAUAGUGGAAAAAAUGUGCACAGUAACCAAUGCAAACUCAGUUUUGUCUUGUCUUGCUUAUAAAAUUGAAUUUUUAAAAUAAUAUAUUCCCAAACCUACUAAUUGCACUAACAGGAUUCGGAAAAGGAAUCAUAAAUGUAAAGAAACAACAAUGAAUACAAUUGCGACCUAUAGAUUCUUAAAGUUGAAAAAGGAAUAGUUAAAAUAUUUAUUCUUCAUUUUCCAAGUAAGGUAGAGAAACGAGUAAGGGCAUAGAAAGGUUACUUGUUGGAAAUACUAAUUUCAUUUGAAAUAUGAAAAACCAUGUUGACAAUAUCAGUUCUGUGAGCAAUGAAUGGUAUGUAUGCAGGAGUGAAAAUAAUUAUGUAAAAUGGUCUACUGUACAUUCCCAUAAUGUGUGUGCUUGUGUGUUUAUACAUAUAUAUACAUAUACAUAUAUGUAAUGUAUAUGUAUAUAUGUGUCAUAUGUAUCUGCAUUUGAGUAUAUGUCUCUUAAUAUUAUGUAUACACAUAUGCAUACAUAGACACAGUGAAUAUAUGUAUAUAUCAUAGAAAAUAUAUAUAGUAAGGUAAUUCUACCUCCUAUAAUAAAAUUUUGUUUGAUAUGUAUUUUGUUACAAAUAGUUUACCUUCAAAAACAUAUUUUGUUCUAUUUUGAAGUAUAGGUGAAUACACUGCUAAUCAACAAUAAAAGUUUUAUCCCACUUAAA